UAGAGAGGGAGAAGGAAACAGUGAAGGUAUGUGAGACCAGUAUACAGUAACACAGACACCAGAGACCAGUUGUGCAGUCUCCAGAGUUAGGACAACAUCACAGGUUUUUGAGACCAUGUUGCUGUGCACCCCAAUGGUUGUUGGACCAGGACUUUUGCUGUUAUUGACAACAACCAUACUGGAAUGCCUCGGUCAGAUGAGCAUACAACAAGGAUAUAAAACCAGGAAACUUCCCGGACUUGACGUUUGUGGGAAACCCAAACUGAAGUUUGAAGAUAAAAUCAUUAAUGGCAGACCAGCAGAGUUAGGUGCUUACCCUUGGAUGGCCAAUAUUGGUUACACAAUGAACUCUAACUUGAGUGACAAUGUCAGUUGGAACUGUGCUGGCAGUCUUAUCACUGAUCAAUAUAUCUUGACAGCUGCUCACUGUGUACAUCACACUACUAUUAGAAAUAGAAAACCACCUUUAUUUGUGAAAAAAGUACGUCUUGGAGAUUUAGACUUGGAUCCCAAUGUUGUAGACGGUGCUAAUCCUAUGGAUUUUGAUGUGGAAAAGGUUACUUGGCAUGAAGGAUACAGCAACGCCAGGAAAGAAAAUGAUAUAGCAUUAAUAAAACUGAAAAAUAAAGUAAAGUUUACAGGUCUUAUGAGGCCGAUUUGUCUGCCUCCACCUCAGUUCCAGGAUAACUUAUUUGUUGGAUCCUUUCCUACAAUUGCAGGAUGGGGAAAGUCUACUGUAAACAAUGCCGUUACAGGUCAAACUACCAGGCUUCUUGAGGCAGAGGUUGAGAUUCAAGAUACAUCAGAGUGCAGAAGAAAUGUAACCUCUACCUCUAAACUAAGGAAUGCCAUCAUUGACCACCGAGUAGUAUGUGCCGCCUCCCCAGGCAAGGACUCAUGCCAGGGGGACUCUGGUGGACCUUUGAUGCUGCUUAAGGAUAUAAGAAGAAAUGGUGGAAAUUACUUCCUGAUGGGAGUUGUCUCCUACGGCUUCGGAUGUGCUGAGGAAGGCUACCCAGGUGUUUACACGAGAGUCAGCGAAUACAUGAGUUGGUUAAUAGACAAUAUGGAUCUAUGAACUCCUAGCAUUAAGUAUUUAUUUGAAAAUAUUGUAUUAUCAUGACUGUACUCCUUUGAUCCCUGAAAAGUUGUUAUUGAAGCCAAUACACAUGUAGCCAACAAAAUCUUAAGAUAUCAGGCAGUGACAAAAACAUCGCAAACACAUAAGUAGUAAUAUUCUGAAAAUAUUUGUAAAACAUGUCUGUAUAUCAUGACAGCUAUCCAUGUUUUUUGUACCACACACACUGCAACAAUCAUGGAUUUAUUACUAUAAAUUAGGAUAGGUCAUUCAUUUACACUGUUACAUUGAGAGCAUUCUUUGAACAUGUACCUAUGCACCGGUGACUUACUCAUGGGUACCAACCCGGGGCUCCCAAACAGUUAGUCACCAAUUUACGCUGCACAUCGGAAUGAAGUUUAUAAUUUUAUUAACUAUUUACUUUAUCAUAUUAAAAUUUAGCAAACUUACCUCCACAGAAUAAAUCAUACAUUAUUGUUUAAUACAAUCCAUCAAUUUGAUAAAACAAUCAAAAAAUUAUUUGAUGGACCCGCCAUCUUGCAUAUGUCCAAGAAACUAACCAAUCAGAGGCCGCUGUUGUAUUACACACUGUUGCGUAUUCCUAAGAAGGUUUUUUACUAAUAAACUAAGUGGACUGUAUCACCGGUCCUGCAAUGGUACACCGAUACAUGUUUCCAGAACGCGCUCAUUGUUAGUAAUUUGGAAUGAUUCGUUUUUAAAAAUAAAUUGUUAUAAGGA